ACUGAGUGAGACACUGUCUCAAAAAACUAAAACUGAAAGUAAAAAAAUAAAGACUGGGCUCCAGCAUGGCGGCUGCAGUGUGCACUGCAGCGGGCUGGCAGGUUAUUUAUUGUUCAGGCAACUUUCUGUAAAUGCCUUUCGAGCCACUUCCAUUUUGGCAUUGAGGACUACUGUCAACAAUGGCUCAUCAUUGGGAACCAGAGGCAACCAUCAGUACACCAGCCUGAGCCAUGCGCUGCAAACACAAUACUAUAUUUCUUCUCCCACUAACUGGAUGGGCCAGCAGUAUAGACCAUAUAGGUUCUUCACUAAAUUGACAGCAGAUGAACUAUAGAAAGGUGCUCUAGCAGAGACUGGUGCUAGAGCAAGAAAAGGAAGAGGCAAAAGAAAAAAAAAGAGAAGAAAGGAUUUGAACAGGGGUCAGAUCAUUGGCGAAGGGCACUAUGCUUUCCUGUGGCCUGGUCUGAAUGCCCCUCUUAUGAAAAAUGGAGCAGUGCAGACCAUUGCCCAAAGAAGCAAGGAAGAGCAGGAGAAAAUAGAGGCUGAGAUGAUCCAGCAGAGAGAAGAGUGGGACCGCAAGAGGAAGAUGAAGGUUAAACGAGAGCGAGGAUGGAGCGGAAAUUUGUGGGGCGGUGUCAGUCUUGGUCCCCCUGACCCUGGUCCCAAUGGAGAAACAUACGAGGAUUUCGAUACCAGGAUACUUGAAGUAAGAAAUGUUUUCAAUAUGACAGCAAGAGAGGGGAGAAAGAAGUCAGUUCGUGUCCUGGUUGCUGUGGGAAAUGGACAAGGAGCAGCAGGUUUUGCCAAUGGGAAAGCCACCAAACAGGCAGAUGCUUUCAGAAAAGCUAAGAACAAAGCAAUUCACUAUUUGCAUUACAUAGAACGAUAUGAAGACCAUACAAUAUUCCAUGAUAUUUCUUUAAGAUAUAAAAGGACACAUAUCAAGAUGAAGAAACAACCUAGAGGUUAUACCCCCCACUGCCACAGGGCCAUCACUACCAUCUGCUGGCUCAUUGGCAUCAAAGACAUGUAUGCCAAGGUCUGUGGGUCCAUCAACAUGCUCAACCUCACACGAUGCCUCUUCCGUGGGCUAUCCCAACAGGAAACACAUCAACAGCUGGCUGAUAAGAAGGGUCUUCAUGUUGUGGAAUUCCGGGAGGAAUGUGGCCCUCUGCCCAUUGUGGUUGCCUCCCCCCAGGGACCCUUGAGAAAGGAUCCAGAGCCAGAAGAAGAGGUUCCAGACAUCAAACUGGACUGGGAAGAAGUGAAGGCUGCACAGGGCAUAAAGCGCUCUGUAUGGUCAGGAUUAAAGAGAGCUGCCACGUAACCUUUCUGGCCUUGCACAGCCAUCCAUGCCUGGUGCUUGCUGUUCAGCACCUAGGAGUGAGACUCAACCUCUCACACCUUGGAAUGUUGCCCUUUUUUGGAGCAGGGGGUGGGGAGAGUUCAAACUUAUCUCCUUUGUUUACAAAUA